AUGGCAUCAUUAAGCGGCCAAACGUAUCAAGAGGAAUUGUUUUCGAUGGUAGAAGAGCCGAAUUAUUAUAAUCAACAGGGUGAAAUUUCUGCAUUUUUUUCUGGAAAAAAAAUUUUUAUAACAGGAGGCUUAGGAUUUAUAGGAAGGCUCAUAAUGGAAAAACUUUUGAGUAACUUAAUUUGCGAUAUAAUUCCUGCCGACUACGUUAUCAAUAACAUUAUUGCUGCAGCAUGGGACGUUGCACAGAAACGGUCCAUAUCACAGAGUGUUAAUCUUUGCAGCAAAGAUAACAAGUAUUUACCCGAUUACGAUGAGAUUCCAGUUUAUAAUUCUGUUUCCUCCGUUCAAAGACCAAUUACCUGGGGUAUUGUAGAAAAUUAUUUAAGAAAAAGCGGAUUAGAUGUUCCAUGGAAAAAAACAUUAUGGUACUACUCCUUAUGGUUGAACAAGUAUUAUUAUUUCCAUAUUUUUUUGGCAUUUUUUUUGCACUGGAUACCAGCAAUUAUAGUGGACACCUUAUUAUAUCUCAGUGGAAGAAAGCCAAUAUUGCUUAACAUCUAUAGAAAAAUAAAUAAGUUUAAAAGUGUAAUUUCCUCUUUUACAACUAACGAAUGGGAAUUUACAAACGAUAAUGUCUUGAAGUUAUGGGACAAAUUAUCUGUGGUCGAUAAAAGUAAUUUCUUCUUUAAUGUUGCUGAUAUUGAUUGGCAAUGUUUUUCUAUUACUUACAUGAGGGGAGUUCGAGUAUUUUUGGUUAAAGAGCCGAUGGAUACGGUUGAAGAAUCAAGACCUUUUUAUAGAAGGUUGAAAAUAGCUCAUUAUACGUUGAAGUGGUCUAUUUAUGUUCUUAUUCUCUGGAUUUUAUAUUCUUUAUUAUUUGCAAGUAAUCCACAAAUGAAAUUCCUUUCGCAUCCCAAAAAACUGAUGCUAACACUUUCUUUGCCGAUUUCUGGACACGAACUCGUUUCGGAGCCUAAGAACCAGAUUCACACCACUCUUUUGAUUCUUGUUUUGAUUCAAGAUCAUGGUGAUAGACCCAAGUCUCAUCCAUAG